CAGGAACGGAAGCGGAAGUAGCUCCGCCGCCGGCCUGGCCUGGCCUGGCUCAGGGGAGGCGGCGGGCGGGCGGGCGCGAUGGCGGAGGCCGGGCCACAGGCGCCGCCGCCCCCGGGCACCCCGAGCAGGCACGAGAAGAGCCUGGGGCUUCUCACCACCAAGUUCGUGUCGCUUCUGCAGGAGGCCAAGGACGGCGUGCUUGACCUCAAACUGGCAGCCGACACCCUAGCUGUGCGCCAGAAACGGCGGAUUUACGACAUCACCAACGUGUUGGAAGGUAUUGGUCUGAUCGAGAAAAAAUCCAAGAACAGCAUCCAGUGGAAGGGUGUGGGGCCAGGUUGCAAUACCCGGGAGAUUGCCGACAAGUUGAUUGAGCUCAAGGCAGAGAUCGAAGAGCUGCAGCAGCGGGAGCAAGAACUUGACCAACACAAGGUGUGGGUGCAGCAGAGCAUCCGGAAUGUCACAGAGGACGUCCAGAACAGCUGCUUGGCCUACGUGACUCAUGAGGACAUCUGCAGAUGCUUUGCUGGAGACACCCUCCUUGCCAUCCGGGCCCCAUCGGGCACCAGCCUGGAGGUGCCCAUCCCAGAGGGUCCCAAUGGUCAGAAGAAGUACCAGAUUCACCUGAAGAGCGUGAGUGGCCCCAUCGAGGUGCUGCUGGUGAACAAGGAGGCAUGGAGUUCACCUGUUGCUGUGCCUGUGCCUCCCCCUGAGGAUCUGCUUCAGAGUCCACCUGCUGUUUCUACCCCUCCACCUCUGCACAAGCCUACCUUAGCCCAGCCCCAGGAAACCUCACGUCCAGGCAGUCCCCAGCUAACCACCCCUGCCCCUCUCCUUGGCAGCACUGAAGUCUCAGAAGUGGCCAGCCCAGCAGCUGAGAUCACAGUGAUUGGUGACCCUGAAACUGAAAACAAGGACAAUGGUGAGCUCCGCUCAAUCCCGCUGGGCCUGACAGCACUGGACACCAGACCACUGCAGUCUUCUGCCCUACUGGACAGCAGCAACAGCAGCAGCAGCAGCAGCAAUAGCAGCAGUUCAUCUGGACCCAACCCUUCUACUUCCUUUGAGCCCAUCAAGGCAGACCCCACAGGUGUUCUGGAUCUCCCCAAAGAGCUGUCAGAAAUCUUUGACCCCACACGAGAGCGUACGAACUCAGAACUACUGGAAGAGUUGAUGUCCUCAGAAGUGUUUGCCCCCCUCCUCCGACUUUCUCCACCCCCUGGAGACCACGAUUACAUCUACAACCUGGACGAGAGUGAAGGUGUCUGUGAUCUCUUUGAUGUGCCUGUUCUCAACCUCUGACAGGAACAUGACCUGUGUGGCUGGGACCCAGACUGGCCUGGGAGCCAGCUAGGACCUCUCCCCACCAUAUUCCUCACAGCUUGAGAACCCCAGACUCCUGGCUUACCCAGCCUUCCCCCAUUGCUCAGUCUUCUGGCCAUGCUACCCUGUCCUGCAUUGACAUUUGUGCUGUGCUGGCAGAGCAGGGGAAAAGGGCCCAGCCCUCUCCAUAUGGAGCCAAAGUGUUUGCCUUUUCUUUUCUGGAGCCUUCCGAGCCAGGCUUAGUUGCCACCUAGUGGCACAUGGCCCACCUAUAGGGCAGCUGUCCAGCCCACUGCCCUGCUUCACCAGACACUCUUCUCCCAAGGAGGGAAGGGUGGUGUGGAGCUGAGUGCUUGCUAGCUAUUACCAACUUCCUUUUCUACCUGUUCACCCUGAGCUUCUGGAACUUUCAUGUGUCACCUUUCUGUUGGGCCCUUAGCCCUGCAGAUCCUGGGGAUGGGCAUAGGGGGUGUUAAGAAGGAACUGAGGUAUCUCCCUAGGAAUCUGUUGGUUGGUCCCAGAAGAUUGGCCCAGCCUCCUGAUGCCCCAAACCCACCCACUUCACUUCCAUUUAUUCACUUCCCUCAUUUAGAGCCAUUUGCAGAGAUUUAGAAAGAUUUAACAGUAACAAUGGAUUCCUAUAUAAAGAUUAUUUUUAUACUUUUUUCAGCAAAAGGAAAUUGUAAUAUUUGUACAGCAUCCAAGUCAAUAAAGACAUGCCUAAGGCUA